AAGACGCUCUUCUCUACCCUCUUCCAUGUUCUUACGCACGAACCCAGCGGAGAGGGAGGGAAAGGAGGGGGAAAAAGCCCCGAAAAUACGAGCUCCCGUGACUACCCACCUCCCAGUCCCACCUCUCUCUUUCAUAAACCCUUCGCUCUUCGGUUAUUUCCGAUCACUCUGUAAACCUUUUCUUCCCAUCCCACCCCUAUUUUUCUCUAUAUAUAUUUAUUAAACUUCAAACCCUUAAGAGAGAAAACUAUGGAGAGGCCGGCUAACACCAGACCCGCCACCGCUGCGGCGGGGCCGCCCACCACCUACGUUCAGGCCGAUGCCAACACCUUCCGCGACCUGGUCCAGCGCCUCACCGGCGCCACCGCCGCCGGAGACCUCCCCGCAACCUCCCCGGCGCGGACUUCGCCGACCGCCGUCGCUCCCCGACGGCAGCCCUUCAAGCUGCAGGAGCGCCGCGGCCCGAGCAUCCGCAAGCUCGAGAUCCAGCUCGGCCUCACCUCUGUUCGCUCUCCCCGUUCCCCCCCGCCCCAGCUCCACCAUCACCACAUCCACCAUCCCUCCUCCGCCUCCUCCUCUCCCGCCGCUGGCUCCUUGAAGUCUCCAGUCCCGAGUCCUGUAACCCCCCUGGGGUCGGACCCGCUGUUCUCGCCCGCGUCGGAAGAGGAGCGGGCGAUCGCGGAGAAGGGGUUUUAUCUCCACCCCUCGCCGCGGGACGGCGGCCGGGGAUCGGACCCGCCGGAGCUCCUCCCGCUCUUCCCGUUAUGCUCGUCGAGGCAGCAGCAGCGGAGCACCCAGGCAGACGAGGAGUAACAGAAAAUAAUUGCUUCACGAGGGGUAUGUUGGGAAUUUCGGAGCUAUAUUAUAUAUAUAUAUAUAUAUAUUUGUCUUCUUUUGGGAAUUUUGUAAGUGGAGAUGGCUUAAGAAAGCUUAGAGUCGUGGUUUUGGGAUUACUGGAUUUGAAAUUUUGUUCCCAUGGGAUAGAUUUUAUCGCCGGAAAUCUAGGUGCAGUUCGAAUCAAAACUUCUUCUCAUCUCCAUGUAGCUCUUGUUCCGGUUACUUAAUUAUAUUAAAAAUGGAUGAAGGAAAUAUGCGAGGAUGGAGGUUUGUACUCCAAGUGGAGUUUAGCGAAACACAAAAUCAAAGGGUUCUUUUUUUUUUUUUUGCUUCUCAUAAUGUAUUGAGAUGAAAGGUGACAUAUUUGUUAUGUGCUUGACUGUUGUUUCCCAAUAAUGUCUAAAGAUGUUACAUGUAAGGUAUUUGAUAAGAGAGAUUGGUAUCGGAGAGCAAAGGCUCUACUUGUUCCAGCUGGAUCUCAAAAGGCUAUCAUAUGUUAAUGGUAAAUCCUGUCGAGAUGCAGCGUUUCUGAACUUUUCAGGCGUCAUGACUUAAAAUAAAGAUAAGAUGAUGUUAAUUAACAAAUAAUUGAUGUUAAUUUACAUAUUUUUUAAA